AUGGCUGCACAGACACCCACGCCGUCGAGCGAGAUCAUCCACCUCACGACAACCUACGUCGACGCACUCGAGUCGCUCCCGCCCGCUUUGACGAGGAGCCUCAGCGACCUCAAGGAGCUCGAUGCCGUCCUCAGUGGCUCCCUCUCAGGCAUCGGCGACAAGCUCCGCCUCCUGAACGAGAUGAUGCACACGCCCGAACCAGGCUCGAAAGAGACCGCUGAACCGCCCAAGUACACCCCGCUUGACCGCUUGAAGCUCCUGCGCGAGGUUGCGGAGGACGCGAGGUUGUUCCGGCUCGGUGGAGAGGACAAGAUUCGGGUUGCGACAAACACUUGCGAGACGAUCGCGACGCACACCUCGCACCUCGCGACCCUCUCGACCUUGCUACUCAGCUUCCUUCCGACCCACCUCCUCCCACACCUGCCCGCCCCCUCCGCACCACACGGCUACCCAUCCUCGAACACCCCCGCGUCCGCCAUCGCCCGUCGUCAGCUCUUCGACUACCCUCCCGCGCGCCAUCCGGGCCAAGGCAGCACCUCUCGACUCUCCGGCGCGCUCAACAUGGUCCGCGAGCACUACGACAUGACUCGCGGCGCUGGGAGGGGGUACGGAGCGGGAGGUGCGGCCGCGGCAGGGAAGAAGCGUGCUGCGCCGAUCGAUUACAGUAUUUAUGGAGACGACUAUCCUGCGGUCGGUUCGUCGAGUCUGGGACGGAAGGACAAGGAGAGGGAUCCGGCGCUGAGGCAUCCGAAUCAGUACACGAAGAAGCGGAUGCAGGGGUAUGCCGGUGGAGGACCUGGGGGCGCACAGGCGGUCGGAGGAGGAUACGGAGGCGCCGUCUCGGCUGCGACGACCAACGCCGCCGCAGGACUGUACUCGUCCAUUCCCUCUCACCCACUCGGUAUGACUGCCGUUGAGGCAGUCAAGGAGAAACGCCGCGGCGCAGACCCUGUCGCGCCGGCUAUGUCGACGAGCGGGAACGGCAGUCGAGCGGGGAGCGUCGUCAGUGGCGUGCAGGGGAAUGCGAUGGCGUACCAGGGCGUGCAGGGAGAGACGGAUUAUCAUAUGCUUGCGUACGGGGUGCCGCAGCGUGCGCCGGCCAAGCGCAAAGUUGAGGAUGUCGCGGGCGCGAGCAAGCGGCGGAAGAAGGGCAUCGACAACUCGCCCGACCCGGCAGCUCGCACCCUCGCCGGCAACGUCGCCGCCGCCUCCCGCGUUCCCCGUCGCCAAGGCUCGACCCGCCUCGACGAGCCCCUCUCGCCCGUGCACGUCGUGCCGAUGGAAGACGAGUACGAAGCGGCGCUCGCGGAAGCCGAGGACGACGGCGACAAGACGCUGUACUGUUUCUGCCAGCGCGUCAGUUUCGGAGAGAUGAUUGCUUGCGAUGCGCCCGACUGCGAGCACGAGUGGUUCCACCUCCCCUGCGUCGGCCUCAAGAGUAUCCCGGACGGCCGCUGGUUCUGCGACGAGUGCAGGCGGAACGCCAAGUCGGGCAAGAAGCGGCGGUAG